GGAAUCCCCACCGCCAAACUGGCCACCACAAGCUAUCGGUUGGUCGUGGCGCCGGCGGGCAGCCAGCGGAGUUCGGCUGGCAAUGUGGUGGUGACCACGACUUCCUCGGGCGCCAAUUCCUCAAACGGGGCCAACGGAGGAGGAGGAACACCCGCUGGGAGCAGUAACUCGGGAAGCGGUCUCAAUGUGACCACCAUCACAACGACAGGCGGAGGAGGCGGUGGCGGCCAGUUGCAAAGUGCCGGCAACAGUUCCCAGAGCAACGGUACCACCUACAAGAUCGAAAUGCUGGACGAGGACAUACAGAGCUUGGGAUCCGAUGACGACGACGAGGAUCUGAUCAGCAGCGAUGGCAGCUUGUACGACGGAGAUCUGGGCUCCAUGCCCGUCAACGAUGAUGUGGCCCACCAGCUGGCGGCCGCCGGACCAGUGGGCGUGGCAGCGGCGGCAGCAAUUGCGAGUUCCAAGAAGCGCAAGAGGCCCCAUUGCUUCGAAACGAAUCCCUCGGUCAGGAAAAGGCAACAAAAUCGACUGCUACGCAAGCUGAGAGGGAUCAUCUACGAGUUCACGGGCAGAGUGGGCAAGCAGGCGGUGGUCUUGGUGGCCACACCGGGGAAACCCAACACUAGCUACAAGGUAUUCGGAGCCAAGCCGCUGGAGGAUGUGCUGCGCAACCUGAAGAACAUUGUGAUGGAUGAAUUGGAUAAUGCACUGGCCCAGCAGGCGCCACCGCCACCACAGGAUGAUCCGUCACUUUUCGAACUGCCUGGCUUGGUCAUCGAUGGAAUACCAACGCCCGUGGAGAAGAUGACCCAAGCCCAGCUGAGAGCCUUCAUCCCGCUGAUGCUCAAGUAUUCCACGGGCCGAGGUAAGCCCGGAUGGGGCCGGGAGUCCACAAGACCGCCCUGGUGGCCAAAGGAGCUGCCCUGGGCCAACGUGAGGAUGGACGCCCGCUCCGAGGACGACAAGCAGAAGAUCAGCUGGACGCAUGCGCUGCGCAAGAUCGUGAUCAACUGCUACAAGUACCAUGGAAGGGAGGACCUGCUGCCCACCUUUGCCGACGACGAGGACAAGGUCAACGCCUUGAUCUCGCAGUCGGGCGACGAGGACGAGGACAUGGAGCUCUCGAAUCCUCCCACCAUCCACACGGUCACCACCAUGACUCCGCCGACGGGCAACAGCAAUCAACCGCAGCAGGUGAACGUGGUGAAGAUCAACAGUGCCGGGACGGUGAUCACCACCCACACGGCUCAGAGCAAUACCCCUGCUCCGACGAUCAUCCAGAGCACCAAUAACCAGCAUGUGACCACGACGGCCACGCUGCCCGCCUCCACCAAGAUCGAGAUCUGCCAGGCCCCGGCACAGCAACAGCAGCAGCACCACCAGCAGAACCACCAGCACCAUCAGACCCACGGCCUGCCCAGCACGGUGCACAUCCAGCCGGUGGCCGGAGGUCAGCCGCAAACGAUCCAGCUGACAACGGCCAGUGGAACGGCGACGGCCACCGCGGUACCGACAACAGCCGCCGCCGUAAGUGCGGCCCAGGCCCACUCGCACUCGCAUUCGCAGGCCCAGGCUCACUCGCACUCCCAGUCGAGUGGCAACCAGACGGUCACUGCCCAGCAGAUAGCCAAUGCCCAAGUCUGCAUCGAGCCCAUUACGCUCAGCGAUGUUGAUUACACCACGCAAACUGUGCUCUCGCAGAAUGCCGAUGGCACCGUGUCGCUGAUCCAGGUGGAUCCCAACAACCCCAUUAUCACACUGCCGGACGGAACCACUGCCCAGGUCCAAGGUGUUGCCACGCUCCACCAAGGCGAGGGCGGGGCCACUAUACAGACGGUUCAGAGUCUCACCGAUGUCAAUGGCCAUGAGAACAUGACCGUGGACCUCACCGAGACGCAGGAUGGCCAAAUAUACAUCACCACCGAGGAUGGCCAAGGCUAUCCCGUUUCGGUGAGCAAUGUGAUCUCGGUGCCCGUCUCCAUGUACCAGUCAGUGAUGGCCAACGUGCAGCAGAUCCAAACGAACAGCGAUGGAACGGUGUGCCUGGCGCCCAUGCAGGUAGAUACAAAUGCAAAUCGCACCACAACCACCGCCGCCGCCGCCGCCAGUUCCUCAACCAGUUUGGCGGGGAAUGGCGGCGUUCAGUGCUACUCACUGAUCUCGGCGGGAUCGGCGGUCUUGGGCCGGCGCAGUGGUGCAGUGGUGGGUCAGCAGGUGCCUCCCGGGGGGCGUUACUAUCUGGCCGCCACUACCACUAGCAGCAGCACCACCAGCUCCACCAGUUUCGGGCCGAAUAACAACAACAAUAAUAGCAUAAAGAUGCCCUUGCCCAUGCCCAUAGCCCUGGCAACGCCGAAUAUUCCCCAGGUGGCCAGCACGAGGUCGACCAGGAGGGGCGGGACUAGUGGAGGAGGAGCUGGAGGAGGAGUAGGGUUAAUGCUUCAGAAGCGUAGGAAACCCAAUGCCUCUCUUAAGAGCAGGUCUCAUAUGAAAUCCAGUGAAACGAGCUGCUCCUCCGGCAACUCCUCCUCCAUACGCUGCGUGGACAGCGCCAGCUUGACCAGUGCCCAGAUCCAGCUGCCAGCCAUCAAGCUGGAGCACCUGGAGUAGAGUCUCGCUCCAGUUCCCUUCCCUAAGAUCUAAGAAUCCAGCCCAUCUCAAAUCUAGUCAAAUGCGGCUUUGCACAAAAACAAAAACAAAAACAAACACAGAAUUGUACGAGAAAGUAGGAAAAUAAGGAAAACGCACGCGAAUGCACUUGCCAUCUAAACGUAGACACGCACAUUGUGAAUGCCAAAAAAGAAAAAGAAAAGAAAACCCAAACUAGAGCACUGUUAGGGACCUCAGAUACUAACCAAGUACGAAUUGAAUUUAGUGCCGAAGAAGGAAUUUGUUGAUAAUUGAAACCAAAAACCAAAAACACACACACAGCUAGAGCGUUAAAUCAAAACUAAAACCGAAAACAAAAUUGUUCCUAGUUAACAGAGCUACAAACAUUUAACACCUUCUAGUUUUAGGGACUUAGCCAUUGUUUAUUAGUUAAUUAGUGGUUAGUUACAUACAGAAACCGUGCACAUAAUAUUGCUUAGAGCGCAACGCAAACCAAAUAUUAACCCAUCUAAGUUGUACUGUACCGUCGGAUUAGUUAGCUAGUACUAGUAAGUAGUGAAGCGAACAGGGAUCGAUCAACCAGUCAGUCCGUCGUACUUGUCGUCGUUAGCCGCCUCAUGAGUUUUAGCUCCUCUUGACCCCGUUGACCCUGUUAACCCUGCUAACCCCUUUGACCCACCAAUCCAAUCCAAUCUCUUAAACGUAGACAAUUCGCAUUGAAAAUGCGCUACAGCGGGGAAAUGAUUUUGCCAUUGGAGCUAAUUAGCUUUAGUCAUGAGAUGUGUAUGUGCUAUAUAUGUGGUAUAUAUGAUAUAUAUGGUAUAUAUAGGAUAUAUAGUAUAUAGAGGGGGGGUUCGAGAGACUCCCCUCUGGAGUGCGUGGAAGUUCACUUGAUGUUGAUCUGUAACUAUUACCAUUAUUGCUAAUGUGUUUAUCCAAUCGAUGACCAUUGCUAUUAUCACUAUUAUUAUUAUUAUUAUUAUUGUGUAUACAUGUUUUAUUUUUUAUAUAUCGGAUCUAUUUGAAUUGUUUUAGACCAAAUUUUAUGUUUAAACACUGGUCAAGUUGCCAAGUUGCCAAGUUGAAUGAGAAAAGAGCUAGCGAGCGAGCGAGAAGCCAACAAAUUUUAUUGAAUAAAUCUUUUGUUGUUGUGAUUUUAUUAUAAUUUUAAUUUGAAUAUUUGCUAGUACAUCGUGUAAGCUGAAGUGCUAAUAAAGCUAGCAAAUCGACUUGA